CGUUUAGUUACUGCGGCAACAUCGUUCAACGCCAUUUUGUUUUUCAAUUUUGCGGAACGCUUGGUGGUGUGCUCCGUUCUAUAUAUUUUAUUUGAACUUUUCCUGUGUAAUUAUAGAUUGAAUACGUGUUGUUUACGUUUUACUCGUUUAUUUAUCACACCGGGCACAAUGUCUGAUCGAGAGAGGAGCCGAUCGAGGACCCGCAACGGUUCGCGCGAGCCGGUGCCAAAGCCCCCGGCGAUGUCCAGGGGCCACAGCAGAAGCCGGUCCAGGACGCCGCCCCCGCCAAAAGCGUCGAGCCGAAAGUAUAGGAGCCCGACGCCCUGCAGGUCGCGCUCGCGGUCGGGCUCGGCGCGGCGCGGGUACCGCUCGCGCUACUCGCGCAGCCGCUCGCGCUCGUACUCGCCGCGCGGCUCCUACCGCCGCUCGCACUCUCACAGCCCGAUGUCGUCCCGCCGUCGGCAUAUGGGUGACAGGGUGAGACUUUUGGAGAACCCCACGCCGUCGCGUUGUCUGGGCGUUUUUGGCUUGAGCCUUUACACAACAGAGCAGCAGAUCAACCACAUCUUCUCAAAAUACGGACCCGUGGACAAAGUGCAGGUCGUCAUCGAUGCUAAGACCGGUCGUUCGCGCGGCUUCUGCUUCGUGUAUUUCGAGAACCAGGAAGACGCGAAGGUGGCGAAGAACGAGUGCACCGGUAUGGAGAUCGACGGCCGCCGCAUCCGCGUCGACUACUCCAUCACGCAGCGCGCCCACACGCCCACGCCCGGCAUCUACAUGGGCAAGCCCACCAUCAGCAGCAGAGGUGACAACGGAUACGACAGGCGUCGCGACAGAGACGAGUACUACUACCGCGGCGGCGGCUACCGCGAGCGCGACUACUGCCACCGCGGCUACCGCCACCGCUCGCCCUCGCCGCACUACCGCCGCGGGCGCCGCUACGAGCGCGAGCGCUCCUACUCGCCGCGUAAGUCUUACUAUUAUAACGACCGGUAGGCGCCGCGACACACCGCCACACCGCCCGGCAUACACACGUGUAGCGUGGACACACCUCAACAAAUAACUGUACACUACCUUCCCUGACAAGGUCUUACGACUGUACAAAUAAAAUCUAUUACAUACUUGUGAAUUAUUUAUCUAAACAUGUUUGUUGUAAUGUUUUGCUGAACUGCGUCCACGUGAUGCUCAUGUCUUGCCGUUACGUGUCGGGGGUUGGCGUGCCUCGACUCGCACACUACUGUGACGAAAGCCUAGUCCAAACUACGUUAGUGUUUAGUCGAGUAGUGGGUAAUUAAAUUACUAAACGUGUUUGAACAUCUGAAAUGUCUUCGUGUAGUAUAGAUAAGUUUAAUAACUAAAUUACUUGUUACUUGUCUAAAAUACUAGCGUAGUCCGAACUGGGUCUGAGUGUAAAUGCUUCUGAUGGUGCGUCUGUCAUGUCCGGCCACUGGAUUCAAACGAUGUUUCGUACAAACGAGACCCACGUACAAUAUUGUAUAGAUAUUUAAUUGAGUAUAUUUGUGUAGAAAAUUUAAUGUAAUCAUAAUUAAUGUUAAUUGAACACCAUUUUUGUGAACAAAAUUAAAAAAUUCGAUGCGAUUGGAUAUUUAAAACUAAAUAAAGUAAAAUUGUAAAACACGAAUUAAUUGGUGCAAUGUUUGUGUCGCUCAAUAAUAUAAUUUUAUAAGAUUUUGAUCUAUGUAAAAGUAAUAUUUUCUUAUACACUUUUGUCAGUGUGCAGCAAUAUUUAAUGUCUGUGUGAGUUGAAUCCUUGUAAUUAACAUAAUUCGAGUGACUUGACGGUAACUUGUAUGCCAUGCCAAAGAUUCUAAUAUACUACACCCCAUGUUCUCUUGCAAUAGUCGUGAUGGCAUUCUUUAAUGUGAUGAUAAUGUUUGGUAGAUAGGCAAAGGUAGAUUUAUUUAAAUGUAAAUUAGUUUGUAAAUUUAGCGUAAGUUUGUAAUGAUAAUUGUCGUGUUUCCCCACAGCAUACUGCGUAGUGCGUACGCGUGAUGCUGUGGAGAAACGCCGCCAUAUUGAUGUUUGCAUUUGCUGUGUCCAUAAUACAUAUGUCACACCCGUGUUUGAAUUUCCAGGUCGGUAUUACUAAGUCCGCGAUGCUGCCGACAUCAGAGUGUAGAUAAACACAAGUCCCUUGUGUGCACCGGCUUUGUAAUGCAUUUAUACUGUACCUGUUGAGGCCGGUGUAGUUGUAACAUUGUUAUAAUUUUAUGAUUUGUUCUGAGCGGCGAGCUCGUUUAUGUUUGACACCACGUUGGAUUGGUUCUAGUUGUAAGUUAGCAAGUAAACGGCCCGCGAGGCCUAGACGCUAGGAUGUAUUGUUAGCUCCUAAUAAAGAUAACAUUAAGUCUAAUAUUGAUUUUGUUUGUUUGAAAAGGUAUUGAAACAAGAAGUAAAGGAUGAAGUUCCUUGAAACUAACUGUGUUGAAGUUUUGAAAAUGUUUGCAUUGAAAAGUCCUUUCGAAAAGCCGGAGCGGCCGGUGGCGUGGAACGAAGGCCUCGGUUGUCGAAGCCAAAAGAAUAUGAUCGGGUUGCCCGCUUUGUAGGAAGCCAAGCUUUCAAGAUCCUCCGAAGAGAGAAGUCUCGCGCUAAUUGAUCAUAUUCUUUAUCUUCCGACUUUAAAGCAGUAUUUCAUUUGACACGCGUCGCGUUUCCAGACGAUACUUACAUAAUAUAUCAUAUGUAUCGGAUGUAUUGAUUUGACGUCAUCACGGUAUAUAAUUAUGAUUAUCUUAGCCGUAGACUGUGAGCGACUUGAUAAUAAACAAUAGUUUUGUAACUUCA